AUGAUUCAAACGGGCAACCUCAAUGGGAUCUUGUUUCCAACGUCAAACCUUGGAAAGUUGAGAACUGAAUUUUUUGAUGAUUUCCAGACAGCAUUAAAUUUCAAAGAAACGUUGGAAGGAUGGAAUUGUUGUACGAUGUACUGGUUGCGACGUGUUGCAUAUGAUCGCGCUCCAAAAGGAUACCGAACUUUAUCGACAUAUUUAUUGUCAGCAGUUUGGCAUGGCUUCUUUUUGGGUUAUUAUGUCACUUUCUUGACUGGCGCUUUGUUCACUGUUUCUGCACGAACGGUACGUCGUUGCUUACGUUGGCGCUUUCAAGGGAACCAGUUUCUGCAACGCUUUUAUGACUUGCUUACAUUUGUUAUCACAAAGAUCACUUUAUCCUAUACAACAUAUCCGUUUGUGAUGUUACAUCUUGGACCCGGUCUAUACUUUUACAGGCAAAUGUAUUUUUGUUUACACUUCAUAGCACUUUUUGCUGUAUUUCUUUUGCCUCGAAUAUUGCCUCCAGAAUCAAAACCAAUUCAAACUGAAAAAAUUGGCGAUAUGAAGAAAUCAUCGUAA